AUGUGCACAUACGCGCUUUCUCCUUCCGAUCCUUCUCCGUCCUCUUACUUCUGCUGUGGCUCAAAAGUUUCCAUUACUUUUUCAUUUCCGGACGGUCGAAGGAGAACUGUUGAAGCCAAUGUCGGCGAUACUUUACUCGAUGUUGUCAUCGAUAACGAGGAUUAUAAAAAUUUGAGUAAUCCAUUGACCGUGGAAGAACAGGAUAUGCUAGACCUAGCAACUGGGCUCACGGAGACGGAACUGUACAACACAUUCAUUUCCCCAUGUAACGAUUCAUGCAUUGGUCGGUCCCAGGACUUGGAUUAUGCUGUCCCACCCGAAUAUCUUAUUCGACAUCUCAUAUCAGAUCGAUUGCCAGAUCCUCCGGUCGAUCACUUAUCCGAGGAGACCUUGUUCUGGCUUUUCUACAAUUGUUGUAGAGAAGAGGUUCAGCUGGUGGUGGCAAAAGAGCUGUACCAGCGAGAAUGGCGGUUUCAUAAGAAGGAACAACUGUGGCUCACUCGCGUAGUGGGAGCCAAUUUCACUACAGACAACACUUCCGAACAAGGCGAUUACUACUUUUGGGAUCCUAUCAAAGCCCAAAAGUCGACGCAUCAAAUGACCAUCCAGUAUGCUGAUUUAGAUGAUGCUCCUAGUUCUUUCCGAUUAAGCUCGGGCACGUUAAGCGCGUACGUGAGUAUUGUUCCUCCCGUUAACGCCGGUGGCGCGCACCAAUCGUUCAAUGCCCACCCCCAUUCAGGACCGCCGUCAACACUGCAACAACAUUUCGCAGCAUAUCAGCAUCAGCACCCUCAUCACCAAGCACUAUUGAAUCGUCAGCAAACAGGCAUUGGAAAUGUACCACCAAACGCAGCGCCACAUUCAACUAUUAAUCAAAUUGCCACUCCUGUUCUAUCAGGUGUGUCUUCAGCAGCUGCUUUGGCUAGCUUAUUCAACGCCAGACAUCAAAGCCAAGCAGUCAGUCCCACGUCCGGAUAUUUUCAGCCGUCUACUCUGCUAACUCGGACGGGGACAGUCGCUCCGUUAUUUGCCUCACGUUCCGCAACUUCGGUCACUGUUUCUGCAUCGAAUUCGUUAGCAUCAGCUGCCGUGGCGCCUAGGACCAUGCCAUUUACCACUAUUGCAUCGGCUACCACGACGCCAAGUUCUUCUGGGCUCAUAUCUGUCGGGAAUAAUGCGGGCCCGAGUGCACACGCAAUGGGAGACGGCCUUGAGAACGAGUCAUCUGUUGCUAGGACGGUUAAUCGAAUACCCACAACUGCGGAUCUCGUUGGAGUUCCUUCGGCAUUCGAUAACUCCUAGUCGAUCAUGCCCGAAGCUAACUCGUGUGUUGAUGUACGAGUUUGGUAUCUCAAAAUGUGGAUUCCGGUGCAUACGUUCGAUGCUACGCCACUUGUCAACGUUAUUUUCGCCCGCCGCUGGAUUUUCCUCUUCCUAACCGUGUAGAUGUCCUGGUUUCCCCAGGCGCACCUUUUCAAUAUCCCGCGUGUAUGACAAGCAAUCCGAUCUUUACAGACUCGUCCCCACUGUUGCAUAUUUGCACGGAUGACAUCUUUCGGCCAUUACUAUGGAUAUUAUCAGUGCAGUCUUGACUUGGAGCUUCGGGCCUAGUUUUUCACAUUCAUAUCCUUUCUUCCAUCACAACUUUAUGCUUUGAUUCUGACUGCUACUUUCUCGGAUUAAAUUCGCGUCUUUUCCGUCAAGCCUUAUUUCCAGAAUUCUGCGAGUAAACCAUCUUGUUUAAUAGGCUAGAGUAUCCUCACUCAUUCCAUUUGGUGUCUGUCUUGUACCUUUCACGACGCCGAACCAUUGUUCUUUGUCUGAUUGCAUCUUACAUCCUCGCUCUCACCUUCAUUGUAAUAGUUCUCCCUUCACACUCUGUUUAUCAUUUUGUACAGACGAACUCUUGAUCUGAUUUUCCAUCUGAGUUCCAGUUUGAACAUAUGUGCGGCGUCUGGUCUCUAUUGCUCCUUGCCUUGAUCGGUUUUUAUGUCACAGUUAACUACACACUCCACAGCCUCGCCUAUCAAGCUGCCACAAUGCGACACUCUCCAAGAAAGCUCUUUGUGCUGAAGAUGGUAAGAAAACUAAUAUACCCAAGGAUGGCUUGUGGACGCUUCGUUGUAAUUAUUCUUUCCUGAUCUCCAUCCACUUUUUCUUGAUUGUUUCCUUUGUUUAUUCGAAGAGGGUCAAUUGUGCUGCACUUCUGUCCGCGCCAUGAAUUAGUUCCGUUGUCCAUCCUGUUAUGAAGAUGCUGGCGCGCCUCGAGUACUCCCAUUCCACUCUACAUUCACGUGGAGUUGGGUUCCUUUAUCAGGCAGCUCUGGUCGUGUGUUCAGGCCGAUUGCCGACGCACAACCUUCGUGUACACUAACAAUUAGCUUUCCCCACGCAGGCUGUACAUUCAUUCCCACUGUAUCAAACAUACUUUCGACAAUUUGUUCGAUAGCUCCUUCGAAUGCUUUUUCCACUCUUGUAUCUCCUUUCAUCAUUUUGUCUCACCUGUGUCAUGGUUAAAACACAAAGAUAAUCCUAAUCGGUCUUCUC